AUUCAAUAAUAAUCGAUCUUACCCAUCGAAUCGAAUCAACUACGAACCCCGAAAGGUACUCAACACAAAGCAGAUAUUCAUACUCCUCCUUCAACUACCUACAGAGAGACACAGAGGGAAAUUCAAGUGCGAUUUUAUCAGGAGAAAGAGAGAGACUAAAAGAGAAGAAGACAAUGGUGUCUUCAAAACCAGGUGAAACUGGUUUCUAUUUGGACCCUAGUAGUAUGGGUGUUACUGCUACACAGACAACAAUAGCAACACCUACAUCUUCAUCAGAAGAUCUAUCAAAGAAGAUAAGAAAAUCCUAUACAAUUACUAAAUCCAGAGAGAGCUGGACUGAACAGGAGCAUGACAAAUUCCUUGAAGCCCUACAGCUCUUUGAUCGUGACUGGAAGAAGAUUGAAGCAUUUAUUGGGACAAAAACUGUUAUACAGAUACGUAGUCAUGCACAGAAGUACUUUUUGAAAGUUCAGAAGAAUGGGACAAGUGAACAUGUGCCACCCCCUCGGCCAAAACGGAAGGCAGCUCAUCCAUACCCGCAGAAAGCCUCUAAAAAUGUUCUGGUGUCUCCGCAAGGGAUGGGGCCUUGUCAUGCUUCAGUCCCUUUCCCCGAACCGGGAUACAUCGUCAGGCCUGAUUCAUCGUCAAUGCCAACGAACUCCAAUGCUAAUCCAGCAUUGUCUUCAUGGCAUCACAAUUCUGCACCAUUGAUGGAUGCAUCACGUAUUACCCAAGAUAAUAUGGGAUCUGGAAGACCUACUACUGUAAAUAAUUGCUGUAGUAGUAGUGAAAGCACCCCCAGGAAAUGGGCUGCAAGUGAAAUGGCUGAUCAUGGCCCGCCAUUGAAAGUUAUGCCUGAUUUUUCUCAAGUCUACCGCUUCAUCGGCAGUGUGUUUGACCCCGAGACAACUGGUCACUUGCGGAAACUUAAGGAAAUGGAUCCAAUUGAUGUUGAAACUGUAUUAUUGUUAAUGAGAAACCUCACAGUCAACUUGUUGAGUCCUGAUUUCGAAGAUCAUAGAAAGUUGCUCAAGUCUUAUGAUGCUGACUUGGAGAAAACAAAAUCAGAAGGUGCUUCUAUUACUACACCUCCAGUGCAGGUAGGGAGAAGAAUCAAAACUUAGAUAAAAUCAGCAUAUUAUUUUUCUCCGUAUAGAUAUGCUCCGUCAAUUCGAUGCUUGACAAAACACCUGUUGAUUGUCAAAUUAAUAAGUGUUCCGAGGAGAAAAGGGAGUGACCUGUGAGCACUUCAAAAUGAUAACAAGGCCGAUAUCUCUGCCUUUUUUUUGUAUUUGUAAGGGUUUUUUUUAUUGCAAGAGAAUGUCAGCUAGUAGUUUGGUGAAAUAUGUCUUCCCGGUCUUUCCAGCUUAAAGUGUUGGAUGUUUGAAUGGACCCAAAAUUUCAUUUUAUGUUGUUUGUGUAUCUAAUCUAGCGAGAGAAGAGCCUUUGUAAAUCAGUAAAUUUGAUACUAUACUGUAAAUAUCUGUAGCUGUCACCUGGAAAAGAGGUUAUAUUUGUACAGAGUUCAGGAGCACUGUAUUAGGUUUUUGUUUAGGUUAGUAUACUUUUGAUGAUCUUGUUUGAUUAUACAGUGAGAGUAGUAUUUAAAUAAAUCUUUGUGGUCUAUCUUGGUUAA